GGGGUUGGGGGUAGGCAUGGGGUUGUGGGAUAGUUUAAAGGCAGGGUUGGAGUGGAUAGCGUCCCAGCUGGCCUGGGAUCGCUCCCUCCCCUCGGGUCGCCCCAGGACGGCGCGCGAGACCACGAUGCUAGUGUUCGCGGUUCUGCGCUUGCUGCUGGGGCUCUUCUUCAUGCUCACGGGGGCGGUCAAGCUCUCGGAGUGUCGCGUCCCGGGCCAGGCGUACGUGCAGAUGAGGGCUCAGGCUGCAAAGCUUGCUCAUGUGUUACCACUGAAGAGCAUGGGCUUCAAUCCAGAUCCUGGAGAACUUCUGGUUAUAAUAGGCUGGGUGGAACUCGUAUCUGGUCUCCUAUUGGCCUUGGGACCCCCUUUACUACAGGAUAUCAGCAUCAUUUUGCUCCUUCUGCUUUCUGUGGGUACAGUCUAUAGCUUGCUGUUGCUGAAGGAGCCAGUGUCUUCAUGGGCACCCCCAGCCAUCUGCCUGGGACUCCUGUUUCUGCUCAGUACCCGUGCCUGCCACUUGUUCUGAGUCAAGGCCAAGCCUGAGGGAAGGGUUGGAGAGGAAGUAGGGAAAGGGAAAAGGGAGAAGGGUCAUCACUGGGAAAUGAACUAUCACAAAAGGGUGGGGAAUGGAAGCCCAUAAGAUCUGGCAGUCUGACUUCCAUUUCAUGUAGAUUUGAUGACAAGGAUACAUUUGGAACAUGCAACUACAUAAGAGUCCAACCUUGAAAUCUGAACUAGCUAAUUCUGGGUUUGCUUUAUUCUUUCAUUGCCCUGGGGACCAGAUCCCAAUGCAUUCCCCUAUCUGUCUGUGGGAGAGGCUUUUCUUCCUUCUCUAGCUCAUGCUUCUUGGAUUGCCCUCUACUCCUUCCCCCCAUCCAUCUCUGUUUUUAUGGGUAAGUUUCUGUAUAUGUGUAUACUAUUUUCCCUCAUUCUGAAUCAACUCAAUAUGAGGGAAUUCAGAUUGGCAAAGCAGGGCACUGACUUAUUUUAAAGAACCGAGAGCCUCCCAUUAAAGGAAUUGUUAGACUUCCUUCCCAUAUGUCAAGGAGGGGCAUUUAAUGGCAAAGUGUCAUGUUAUGGCAAAACUCUACUAAAGAAGUCUUACAUUUCCAAUCAGAAAGGAGAAAAUCGGGGAGCCCCAAGAUGAAAACCAUAAUUGGGCUCAGAAAAGGAAAUGGGCAUCCAAAAAAAAGAAGGGUGUUGGAGAAGAAGAGAGAAGCAGUGAGAUUCUCAAGCUGGAAAGGUGAAUAAUAAAGUGGGAAUUAUAGCCCCAGCCUUAGUGUGCUAAGACAUAAAUGGGGUCUUUCCUCCACCAGUGCACAUCUGAGCUCCUCUGGGCCUUAGUAGGCAGUCUUAACCUUCACUGAAUUUUAGAGUGUGAAGGCACUUCAGCAGCCAUCCAGCCCAGCCCAUUCUCACAAAGGAAUCCACAGCAGCCUUGACAGGUGGUCAUUGAACCUCCCCUUGAAAGAAAGGCAAUGAUCAAGUGAAGAGAAUCCUGCUACCUGCUGAUAGACAUAACUUCUUCCACUUUGGGACAGCCCUCUUCAUUGGGAAGGUUUUCAGGCUAAACUUACCCAUCUACAACUUCUACUGGUUGUUCCUUCUUCCACGGGACAGCUUUUCAAAUUCUUGAAGAUAGUUAUCACAUCCUCCCUGAACCUUCUCAUCUGCAGUUUCUCCAGUUUCUUCAGCCCAGCCUCAGAUGGUCUGGACUGGGGUGUCCCUCAGCAUCUCGGUCAGCUUUUUUAAGUAUGGUCUAAGAUUUUUUAGGGUCCUUCCUAAAAUGGAAACACCUUCCCCACUCCCCUGCAGAAGUGAACAUAAUACUCCAAAUGUGUCCAGCCUUUGGAAUGAGUGACCUUUUCAAUGAUGAGAGCCUCAGAACUUCGGAUCUCAGAAUCAAUUCUGUCUAGGAUGCAAGAUGUCAGGGACCACGCAAAGAUAACGGUAUCUUCGGAUCACUGCCUUAAGCAGGUGUAAAACUCCUUGAUGAAAUGGUUUUUCAGCCAAAGCAGUAGCUAUCGGGGCCGAUCUAUUUUGUCUUUACUUUGUUGUUUUUGAGGGGGGAGGAUGGGGCUUUCCUUAAGGACAGAUCAAUGAUUAUUUUUAACCUUUUGCUCCCUGUCCACUGUUUGGGUAUGGCAGUACUGGGCAGAUUCCCUAGUUUUUUCUCUUUUGGGGAGGACGUUGCAGGUUGCGCGAUAACUGAUAAGGGACCUGUUCAGUGUUCAAUAAAAACAUUAUUCUUUA